UAGCAGUGCACACACAAGUCCGGUCUGCUCCAGGGAUUAUAGUAGCGCUCUUAGAUCUGAUGGAGGACAUGCAGGCAUGAAUAGGGCUGUUGUGUUGUCAGUGCGAGCUCAUGCUAGUGAUGGACUACAGCCGGACGGACGCUAACCUUAGCUGGCAUUCACAAAACAGCAUUCCUCCUAACUGAGACCAGCUCCACAGAAUGCUGAGUCCUAUUGUCCCCUAUAGCCUAUUAAAGAUGCACUGGAAUCCAGAGCAUGCCCAGUCCCUCAGCCAGUGGCCUGAGCAGCACCUGGACGUAUCCUCCACCACCUCCUCUCCGGCCCACAAGUCGGAGUUAUAUGCCGGUCGCAGCCGCGGUGGCUAUAACCAUGCCUGGGCCAAUGACGACAUAUCUGCUCUCACGGCCUCCAACCUGUUGAAGCGCUAUGCUGAAAAGUAUUCUGGCGUGCUGGACUCACCAUAUGACCGGCCACCUAAUGUUGGCUCAUACCCAGAGCCAGUGGCCUUCGGGGGCCUAAACGUCCCAAAGACUGAGCUGGAGCCCUGGCCACUGACACACAGCACUGAUGCCUCCUAUUCCCUGGUGCCCCCAGGAGGCCAUGACAGCCUCUCAGGUUCAAAGGCCCCAUCCACAGGCCCUCCAGGGGUUAGUAUAGUCUCUGUGAACAGUAACCUCUCAGACUCGGGCUACAGCGGCAGCAGCUCCUGCAGUGGCUCCGGCGAGUAUCCCUCAGGCUACAAUGGCACGUAUCUUUCCUCAGGCUACUGUCCCCAACCCGGUGCAGCACUUCCCCCUGCCUCCCUCCACACUCUACAAACCACCACCACCCUAGUCCCCAGCUACAGCCCUUCCACACCUGUCUAUAACUACCCCCCAAGCACGUACCCUCCCCAGACCAGCCUUGCCCAAAGCUACAGCCACCCCUCUGCAACUUACCUUCCCUCAGGCCUAACAGCCCCGACUCCCGUUCCUUCAAGGCCCACAGUGGUAGGAGGCAGCUAUAGUUACCACAGCACUAACCAUGGGACAUCUGAGUCUGGAGGGACAUUAAAAAGAAAAGCUUUUGAGAUGAGUGUAGAAGAGGAUGAGAGUGGGGACGGGUCUCGUUACAGGAAGUAUGGCUAUGACUCGUUGAAGGCCGGGGGAAACUCACCAUACAGUGUGAAUGAUAAAACAGAGUGUCGUGGAAACGGCUUCAGCAGUUCAGGCAGCACAGACCCUCAAACCUUUAAGCCCAGUAAGCCCUCCUCACAGCCCCUGGUGUCUCCUCAAUAUGGGGCAGCAGGGGAGUACAGCCCACCAGCAGGCAUGACGGGGGAGAACGGUGUGUCAGAGCAAGGCUUCAUCCAACAGCAGCAGCACCGCUCCCAGGCCCACAAACGCCCUCCAAUGUGUGCUCCUACUGCCGAGACUAUAAGGAGUCCAGACCCCCGCAUGUUGGACCUUGUCAAUGGGGAGUUACUGGACUGCAGCCCGGCACUGGGCUGGGGCGAGCUGGCCGGGCUCACCCAUGUCAAAGCUGCUCUUGAGGAGGACCUGCUGUGGCCCGUGUUGAGGCCAAGUCCAAUGAUGCAGCCACCAAGAACCGUCCUGCUGUUCGGCCCCCGGGGAGGGGGUAAGACGACGCUGACUCGUUCUCUGGCUUCCCAGUUAGGGGCAUCGUUCUACCGGUUGAGUGGAGCCAUGCUGGCGUCUAAAGGGAAGGCUGAGGCAGAGCACAUUCUGGGCUCUCUUCUGCAGUUGGCGGCAGCACGGCAGCCCUCAGUGGUGCUGCUCAGCCAGGUGGAGGCCAUGGAGGAGGAGGGGCUGAGGCAGACUCUGCUGAGCACCCUGGAGAAAGCCCAGCAGGGGACAGCAGGUCUGGUGAUUCUUGUCUGUGCCACUGGAAGGCCAGACCUGCUGCAGGAUGCAGUCCAUCGGAGCUUUGCCAAGCGAUAUCACGUCGGCCUGCCAGAUGUGGGUAUGCGCAGGCAGGUGCUGCUUCAGGCCCUCGGGCCUCAGGGCUGCAGUCUGAGUGAGCGGGAGCUGAGUGCCGUGCUGCAGCGCACAGAGGGCUUCUCAGUGUGGGAGCUGCUGCAACUCACUCAGCAGGCACUCACCUCGGCAUCCUCCCCCACCAGGGCCAUGCACGGCCACCCCACAUCCUCAAAACCCCCAGCCUUCACAGACUUUGAAAAUGCCUUCUGCAAGGUGCGCCCACACACCGCCUCGAAAGAACUGGACACUUGUACAGAGUGGAGCAAGAUGUAUAACCACUGAGAAAAGCAGCUAGUCUCUGCACUCGGACUGCAUUACGACCCUGUCUUGGCUUUGACAUGGAAAGCCAUGGGAAUGUUUUGCUGUUGUUUUGUUUAUACAGAUUAUGCAGCCAAAAGAGCAAUGCUACGGGAGAGCCGACAAAGUUGUUUUGAUGGCAGAAGCAUGCCAGGGUGUGCUGUUUUCAUUUCCAUAUGAAUAUCCGCAAUAUUUUAGUUUUCCCAAAGAAAGGAAAGAUGAAUAGGCCUUCUUGAGUUGAGUAGUGUAUUAGUCUUUUGGCCAAUGGUAAAUUCAGAUUAUUAACUAUUUGGAUACUCUCAGAGAUCCUGAUUAGCCUUGGUCCGGGACAAAAUCAAUUAUUUCUUGCUAGGUGACAUGGUCCAAGAUUAUGGAUAAUCAGGGUUUGGAAAUUCCCCUUUGACUGCUACUCUCAGGAUCCUAUUUAUUGCCAGUCCACUUCCUUGUUAUCCUAAUGCUGAUUUAGUCAUUGGAUUGUCUCUAACUAUUCAGAACAAAGGGCUUAGGAUCAGCAACAAUUCAGCAAACCACAGUUUCUGACCAAAAAUACGUCAAACCAAAUGCAUAAUCAGCAGUUCUGCAAUAUGUCUCAAAAUGGACUGAUCUUUAAAAUCACAAUAGAUUAUUCCAAACAUGCCGCUGUCGUUCCCGGGAGUCAAGUUGUCACUCGUCUUGUUUGGUUAUAAAAAUACUUCACACGCAUCUUAUUUAACUCACAAAUCGUACUAUUCUUACACUUAUCAGAGUACAAUUCAUACAUUUUUAUUGAUCUCACAUUCCUCAUUGUCUGCAGUUUUCCUGAGAAUGUCACUUAACAAAACAUGUACCUGUCUGUUUUCCCUUUCACUUACCCCUUUUGUUUUCUUAGUAUGUAGUCUUGUUUGAAAUGCUCAGGAAGAAUUUCUUUACCUCAGAAAUAUGAAAUAAAGAAUGUAUGUAAUCUUAGGGUCUUAGUAGAGAGUGGAGGAGCGAGGAGAAGCCUGACAGUCUUGUAAUCCCCACUACAGCUGGGCUUUUACCUCGGGAGAGAAACUUGAAUAUGCUACAAAGAGUAACAUUGAAUGUAAUUCAGGUAUUUCAAAGGAUAUUUGAUGCCAUAAAUCCAUGUAUUAUUAUAUAUGAAUAUAUAAAUAUGUUUUCUUUUCUGUUCUUCUUCCCUUUAUUUUUAUUGUAGUUUAUGGUGGAGUGAUGAUUGUCUAUAAGAAAUGCUAUGUAGAAUACAGAAAAUCUUUCUUUUUUGUUGUUGGACAAACUGUUUGCAAAUCCCUGUGUUAUUAAGUGAUUACAUAUUCUGUAUAUGCAUGUGUGCAGUUUAUACUUUUACAGCUUUUUAAAAUGUAAAUACAAUGCACACAAUCAUAAAUGUGCACUAAAAGUGAACAUCUGAGCACAAAAUACCUUCCAAAAAGAAAAGAACCACAUGCAAACAAAAGAGAAAACAUUGAGCUUUCAGCAAAUCCCAAAGUUUGAGAAUACACUGUUUAUGUGUAGAUUUUGUGAACAAACCAAACAAGUAGACAAACCAGAGAAAUCUCCUUUUCCACCAGUCCUUUUUUAACAAGCUGGAAAAAGCCCGUCAGUGGACUGCUGGUACAGAGGUCAUACGUGUUAGACUGUUGCCAUGGUCCUGAGGAGGUAUACACAGAAUGAUGUAAUAUUUCCCACUGCCCUUUCCUUACACCCUCUCUCCCUCCCUCAUCAUUAUUUUUCUUUUUCUCUCCCCAGUGCAAUCUCAUUAGAUUGGAUUGCCCCCUGGCCACGAGCCCCAGUGGCCAUGUGGCGAUGUAUCCUUUCCCCACCCCCCCCUUCUCCCUCCCUUUUCCCUAAUACCGAUUCCUCUUGAGUCGAAGUGGUCUGAUUGAUGUCCAGCAACCCUAUAUCACAGUGCAGUCGUCCCUCUCCAGCUGGUGGCUUCAGUCAUGCCUUACAGCCAGAUCAAUCAGAGUGACCCCCGCUGUGCAUACUGAUCACUGUCUCAGAAACCAAAAACACAUCUACAACUUCCAGAAAACCCCUGCAAUUUUUUUACAUGUAAUCAAAGAAACUAAAUAAUAAGGAUGACUUAAAUGUAGCUACAACAUUUUGAUUUGUUGUUCCCGCUACCCACAACAGUUUGUCCAACAAAACAGGCGUUUAUUUUUUACAUGUUUUGAUCUGUUAUGGCGGUAACUUUGUUCUUGGUUAUUGUACAUUUUCUGUAACCAUUUCUACCUCAUUUUUGCGGCAUAUUGUACAUGAAAGUAUUUAUUUCAUGUCUUUUUUGAUGUCUGUUUUAAAAAUGAUAAUAAUGUUCUUGAACUGUAAUGGUCUACCUCAGAAAAGACUGUAUUUUAAGAGAAGAGUAUCACACAAUAUUAAACAGAAUUUGUCAAUAUUG